GGAAGGGAAGGGAAAGGAGGGGAAGGGAAGGAAGGGAAAGGAAGGAGGGGAGGACGGACGGAAGGAAGGAAGGAAGGAAGGAAGGAAGGAGGAGCUGAGGCGGCCGCGCACGGACCGGCGGGACCCGCCACGGGAGAUCCUGCGCGGCUCCCGCCGGGGCCGCCAGCCAUGCGCACGGCGGGAUGAAGCUGCAGGCGGUGGUGGAGCAGCUGCAGAAGCAGCAGCAGCAGCAGCAGCAGCAGCCGGCGGUGCCCAUGGAUUGCCGGGAGCGCCGCCGGGAGCCGCAGGUGCCCUUCCCGACGCCGCCGCCCUUCCCCGGCCAGCCCCGCGCCGGGCGCGCCCCGGGGGUGUCACCCGCCGUGCCCGCGGCGGUGUCACCCGCCGUGCCCGCGGGCAGAGCCCCCGCCGCGGCCAGCCGGCCCCUGGAGCAGAGCAGCGCCAACUCUGAGGACGAGGAGGAGGACGAGGAGGAGGAGGAUGACGAGGAGGAUGAAGAGGACGGCGCUGAGCUGGAGGACGGCUCCGGGGUGGCCGGCCAGCCGAGCUGCCCUGCCCUGCCGUAUUUCCGCGCUCCCAAAGGCGCCCAGGGCAAGCCCAGGGGGGGCUGUGGUGCCAGCCCCGUGCCCGGCGCGGGGCACGCGCGGGGCAGGGAGCAGCCGGGCACGGAGCCUGCCCAGCGCUGCGCGGCCCCGGCCCGCUGGCGCCUGGACGAGCAGCUCAAACAGAACGGCGGCGUGAGCUGGAGCGACGACGGCGACGGCGGCCGGGGAAGGGAGAUCUCCCGAGACUUUGCCAAGCUGUACGAGCUGGACAGCGACCCCGAGCGGAAGGAGUUCCUGGAUGACCUCUUCAUCUUCAUGCAGAAAAGGGGCACGCCCAUCAACAGGAUCCCCAUCAUGGCCAAGCAGAUCCUGGACCUGUACCUGCUCUACAAGCUGGUGACCGACAAGGGCGGCCUGGUGGAGAUCAUCAACAAGAAGAUCUGGAGGGAGAUCACCAAGGGCCUCAACCUGCCCACCUCCAUCACCAGCGCCGCCUUCACCCUGCGCACGCAGUACAUGAAGUACCUCUACGCCUACGAGUGCGAGAAGAAGUCUCUGAGCUCCCCGGCCGAGCUGCAGGCCGCCAUCGACGGCAACCGGCGCGAGGGCCGGCGGCCCAGCUACAGCUCCUCGCUGUUCAGCUACUCCCCGUCCCCGCCGGGGCCUCCUUCCCUGCUGUCCCCCCCCAAAAUCCGCUUCCCCAUCAUCGGCGUGGCACCAGGCAGCGCCACCGGCAACCCCCGCGUGUCACCGGCCCUCAGGAAAGGUGACAGCGUGCCCCUGACGGUGUCCAUGCCGAGCCGCGUGGCCGUGCCGGUGACGCUGGGUGGCCAGCAGGGCACCGUGGCGGCCAGGACGGCCACGCUGGAGCAGCUGAGGGAGAGGCUGGAGGCGGGAGAGCCCCCGGAGAAGAAGGUGCCGCGCAUGACGGAGGAGGAGCAGCGGCUGGUGCAGCAGGCGCUGCAGCGCAACCUGUUCAGCAUGGCCCGGCAGAUCCCCAUGAAGAUCAAAAUCAACGGCAAAGACAAGGCCGACUCGGCGGCGGCGGCGCUGAACCUGUCCCCGAACGGCAUCGGCAGCAUCAACAUGUCCGUGGAGAUCAACGGCACCACCUACGCGGGGGUGCUGUUUGCCCAGAAGCCCGUGGUGCAGCUCCUGGCCGGCUCGGGCACGCAGAGCUCGUGCAGCAGCAGCAGCAGCAGCAGCAGCUCCAGCAGCUCCCACUGCUCCCCCAGCCCUACCUCAUCGCGGGGCACGCCCGGCGCAGAGCCCUCCACCAGCUGGUCCCUGUGACGGGCACUGCCCAGGCGUGCACACAUACCUCACCUCAAGGAACCUGCUCUCGUGGCUGCACAGCACCUGGAGGAUGAUGAUGAUGAUGAUGAUGAUGGUGGUGGUGGUGGUGAAACCUUUCCAUGCCAGCGAGUUCUCCUUCAUCAUAUCUUUGUCCGGCCUUUUUUGGCUUUGUUCCUCCCUUUCCUUCCUCCCUUUUGCUCUUUGGUUCCUCCUCCUCCUCCCAGGGUGUGUGGUGCUCCCAUGGAGGAGGGGCACACCUGGCGUUUCUCAAUCAGGGAUGGCUCUGGGGCCACAGCUCCUGGCCAGGAUGUCACCAGGGCAGGGAAAGGGCCAGGGCUGGGCUGGGGACCCUGGUUCUGCUGGAACCCUGGCUCUGCUGGAGCCCUGGUUCUCGUGGGAGCCCUGGUUCUGUUGGGAGCCCUGGUUCUGGUGGAGCCCUGGUUCUGUUGGGAACCCUGGUUCUGUUAGGAGCCCUGGUUCUGGAGGAGCCCUGGUUCUCCUGGAGCCCUGGCUCUGCUGGAACCCUGGCUCUGCUGGAGCCCUGGUUCUGUUGGGAGCCCUGGUUCUCCUGGAACCCUGGUUCUGCUGGAGCCCUGGUUCUGCUGGAACCAGGGCCACCAGGGCUCUUCCCACCCACAACUCCGUGUUUUGACAAUCCUGAGAGCCAGGGGGUGCCUGGCCCUCUCCUCCCGUGGCAAUCUGCUCGUGUCCCUUCCUGCCAUGUCCCCAUGUGUCCCUCCUGCUCCUCUCCACGGUUCUGGCACCAUCAGCUGCUCAGUUCUGGCUGCUGCCACCUCACCCCUCGAGUCCUGAGUGUCCCUGAGGAGUGACACAGGGCCUGGGUGUGCUGGGGUUCCACGUGCCCUGCUCUGUCCCCGUAGCAGGGUCACUCAGGUUGGUGCAGGCUCCCUGGAGCAGCUCUGGCAGCUCUGCAGGGCUGCAGGUGGGGUGUGAAUGUGGGCAUCUGGGGCUCUGAACUGUACCCGAGCAGGGCAGGCCUCCUGCUCCCAGGGAGGAGCAGAGCCAGGGAACCCAGCCCUUCCUGGCCCAGGGAACCCAGCCCUGCCCAGGGAAUCCUGCCCGGCCCAGGGAAUCCAGCCCUUCCUGGCCCAGGGAAUCCAGCCCUGCCCAGGGAACCCAGCCCUGCCCAGGGAAUCCUGCCCGGCCCAGGGAAUCCAGCCUUUCCUGGCCCAGGGAAUCCAGCCCUGCCCAGGGAACCCAGCCCUGCCCAGGGAAUCCUGCCCGGCCCAGGGAAUCCAGCCUUUCCUGGCCCAGGGAAUCCAGCCCUGCCCAGGGAACCCAGCCCUGCCCAGGGAAUCCUGCCCGGCCCAGGGAAUCCAGCCUUUCCUGGCCCAGGGAAUCCAGCCCUGCCCAGGGAACCCAGCCCUGCCUGGCCCAGGGAACCCAGCCCUGCCCGGCCCAGGGAACCCAGCCCUGCCCAGGGAAUCCAGCCCUGCCUGGCCCAGGGAAUCCAGCCCUUCCUGGCCCAGGGAAUCUAGCCCUGCCUGGCCCUGGGAACCCAGCCUUUCCUGGCCCAGGGAAUCCAGCCUUUCCUGGCCCAGGGAAUCCAGCCUUUCCUGGCCCAGGGAAUCCAGCCUUUCCUGGCUCAGGGAAUCCAGCCUUUCCUGACCCAGGGAAUCCAGCCUUUCCUGGCCCAGGGAAUCCAGCCUUUCCUGACCCAGGGAAUCCAGCCCUGCCUGGCCCAGGGAAUCCAGCCCUGCCCAGGGAAUCCAGCCCUGCCUGGCCCAUCCUGGCCCAGGGAACCCAGCCUUUCCUGGCCCUGGGAAUCCAGCCUUUCCUGGCCCUGGGAAUCCAGCCUUUCCUGGCCCAGGGAAUCCAGCCUUUCCUGGCUCAGGGAAUCCAGCCUUUCCUGGCCCAGGGAACCCAGCCCUGCCCAGGGAAUCCAGCCCUGCCUGGCCCUGGGAGCCCCUGCUGGAGCAGAGCUGGAGCUCCCUGUCGAUCAGGGCUCAGGUGGCCUGGUGCUGUCCCCCUGUGCUGUCCCCCCCGGCUUUCCCCGUCCCCUGCCCUGGUGCCAUCCCUGCCAUCCCUCCUGCCCCGUGACCUCCUUCCCGUGCUGCAGGCCCGAGUCAGGUUUUUUGAGCAGACGAAAUACCUCAGAUAUGUACGUGUUGGGUUGCUUUUGUUUGUGUUGGGUUGGUUUUUUUUAACCUCUUCAGGAAGUAUUGGCAUAUCCUAUUGCUUGGGGGUUUUCAUAGGUGGGUUUGCUGACUUUGUGUUUGCUUUUAUUUCUGUUGGCUUUUAAUGGAUCACCAAAGACAGGGAGUUCAGACAAGGCUGAGCAGAGGAGCAGUGGCUUCCCCACCCUCCAGGAGCCCAUCCCAGGACACGUGCACGGCAGGACAGCAGGAAAACGGGCAGGGUGACCCUGCCCCUUGGAUCUGUGCGCUGUCCUCGCUCUCCCAGCUCCGGGCUGUGCCCUCCUGCUGCUCCCGCGCUGUGCCAGGGCUGUCCUGCCCCCGGGGGUGCCCGUGUCCUGGGAGGGGUGCUGCUCGGGGUGUGCCAGCUGCCCUCCCUGUGUGGGGGAAGCCGGGCUCACCCCUUCCAUCCUCACAGACUCCCAGAGGAUUUUCCAGCCUCUGGGACUCAAUCAGAUUAUUUUUCUCCAUCUUUUUUUUUUGGGUUUUCUUUUGGUUGUUUUAUUUUAUUCUUGGGUGGGGUUGGGCUGUUUCCUCUGAGUGGGACUGGGGCACUUUCUGCUUUUCCCUCUGCUCUGCUCCCUGGCCCCGGGGAGCAGAGGCUGCUCCGGGGUGGGGCUGCUUUGUCUCACUUGCUAACGUUGUGUUUUCUUGCACAGAAAGGCACUCAAAUCACUGAACUGCUUGGACACUACUAGAGUAUUAAUGUUUAUAAGCUUUACUCAACCUAGACUGGAACUAGCCAGGGACUAACAGAUUGUUUUGUAUCCAAUUCAGGGAAAGAAUCAGGUGGGGAAGCGUAACAGAUACCUCAGUUAAAUAAGCUGCGAAAAUAAAGCGGUCCUUUUCCCAGCCCGGGGUGACAAGGACCAUCCAGACUGUGAAGAGUUAACCCUUUCCCUCAGCCUGGCUUUGGCCCUGGCAGCCUGAGCUGCGGGUCUCCUGCUGAGCUGCCAGGCUUUGGGUGGGGGUGCUGGAAACCAGCAGCAGAGCGGGGGAGCGAGCGGGGCCGCCCCGGCCCCGUGUCGUACUCAGGGUUUGAUGCUGCCAGCAGGACGUUCCCGAGGGCAGUGCUCCAUCCUCCCCCGGCUCCCCACACCAGCCAAAGCCCGGGCAGCCCCAGCUUGUUGCCCCGGGGAGGGCAGGAGGGUGCCUGAGGGCAGGCUGGUGUGCCUGCUCCUUCCCGGGGACUGCGGCCAGGUGUUCUCUCCAAACAGCUGCAGCAGCCUUGCUAACUAGUUUUCUUACCUAUUUAAAAGAGAAAAAAAAAAUAAUAAAAUAAGUAAAUAAAAACAAAUGUGAUAGCCUAGGCGGUGGAUAAAUACCUCAACGUCUCCUUCCAACAAGUGUCUGUAUAUGUUGUUGUUGGGUUUUUUCUAUCUUACAGGUUAUCUGAAUGUUUAUAUUCCAAUAAACUUCUACCUCUUCACACCGUGA